AUGAGUGACUGUGUCUAUACAAUGUUAUUGUGCUUGCUUUUUGUGGGAGCCUUUGGAGCAGACCACGACACUACAGUCUGUGAGAUGCUGGGGAGCCCAGGUUUUCCUCUGUUAGCUAAGGAAGGAGAUCUCAUUAUUGGUGGAGCAUUCUCAAUCCAUACCCAAGUCUCAAAUCCUCCACUGUCCUUCACAGAUACUCCAGACCCGCUCAAGUGCUCCAGAAUCAAUUUCAGAGAGUUUCGUUUUGCCCAAACCAUGAUUUUUGCCAUUGAAGAGAUCAACAACAGCAGCUCUCUACUGCCGAACAUCUCAGUUGGUUACAAGGUAUUUGACAGCUGUGGUUCAACACUGGCUUCGACGCGUGCAGUCAUGGGUCUGAUGAAUGGAGAGGAAAGGACUUUGAGAAAAACCUGCUCCAGUCAGUCUUCUGUUCAGGCCAUCAUUGGAGCCUCUGAGUCCUCCUCAACUAUUGUGAUGCUACAAAUGUGUGGGAUUUUCCAAAUACCAGUGAUCAGCUACUUUGCCACAUGUGCUUGCCUGAGUAACAGAAAGGAGUACCCCUCCUUUUUCAGAACCAUUCCCAGUGACUACUACCAGAGCAGAGCCCUGGCAAAACUGGUAAAGCACCUUGGCUGGACGUGGGUUGGGGCAGUGAGAAGUGACAACGACUAUGGUAACAAUGGCAUGGCAACAUUUAUUGCGGCUGCAAAUCUGGAAGGGGUUUGUAUUGAGUACUCGGAGGCCAUAUCAAGGACUGAUCCCAGUGAGCAGGUUGCCAGGGUGGUCAGAGUGAUCCUUGGUGGCAGUGCAAGAGUUUUGGUUGCCUUUCUUUCCUACAGCGAGAUGGAUGCUCUGCUCGAGGAGGCUCUGAACCAGAACUUGACUGGCUUGCAGUGGGUGGGCAGUGAAUCCUGGAUUACAGCAGGUCAUUUGACUAAUAAGAGGUACUCUGCCAUCCUGACAGGGUCUAUGGGCUUCACCAUUAGAAAGACAAAGAUCGCAGGCCUGCAAGAGUUUCUUCUACAGGUUAACCCAAGCCAGGACCCACAGAAUGAUGUGCUGAGAGAGUUCUGGGAAGCGACCUUUGAUUGUAGCUUCCAACCAAGUCUGCAUGGUCAGACCCAGUGCUCUGGCUCUGAGAGAUUACAGGACAUCAGCAAUCCUUUCACAGAUGUGUCAGAACUGAGGAUCUCUAACAAUGUCUACAAGGCUGUGUACGCUGUGGCACAUGCCUUGCAUAACAUGUUGAAAUGUGGACAAAGUGGUGAAGUGGUGAAUCAGUCAUGUGCAUGGAAAGAUCACUUAGCAGAGCCAAAGCAGGUUGUGAAACAUCUCCAACGUGUGAAUUUCACUCUUUGGUCCGGAGAAAGAGUGUAUUUCGAUGGAAAUGGAGACCCUGCAGCAACCUAUGAGCUGGUGAACUGGCAGAAAAACCGAGAGGGUGAAACUGUGUUUGUGGCUGUAGGAAGCUACGAUGCCUCACUACCAAAUGGAAAACAGUUUACCAUGAAUGGAAUAAACAUAACAUGGGCUGCUGAAACCCUGAAGAGGCCGCAGUCUGUUUGCAGUGAGAGUUGUCCGCCGGGCUUCCGGCAGGCUGUUAUUAAAGGCAAACCCAUCUGCUGUUUCUCCUGCAUCGCCUGUGCUGCUGGAGAGAUCGGCAACUUGAACAAUUCUGCAGAGUGUUCACAGUGUCCACUGGAGUACUGGUCAAAUGAAAACCACAGCCAGUGCGUUCCAAAGGUGAUUGAGUUCCUAUCUUUUGGAGAAACCAUGGGGGCCCUGCUCACUACCUUUUCAUUAUUUGGAGCAAGUUUAACGGUCGUGGUUUUGUGUGUUUUCUUUCGGUUUCGUCACACACCUCUUGUCAAAGCCAGUAACUCUGAGCUGAGCUUCCUGCUGCUCUUCUCCUUGACUCUGUGUUUCCUGUGCUCUCUAACAUUCAUCGGCCAGCCCACUGAGUGGUCCUGCAUGCUGAGACACACAGCUUUCGGCAUCACCUUUGCCUUGUGCAUGUCUUGUGUUUUGGCUAAAACCAUAGCGGUGGUGAUCGCCUUUAAGGCUAAAAGGCCAGCAAACACAGUGCCUCAGUGUUCUCUCCCGCUUCAGAGAACAAGUGUCCUCAGCUGUACUUUACUGCAGGUUUUAGUUUGUAUGCUGUGGUUAACUCUUGCCCCGCCAUUCCCCUACAAAAACGCUGCUCAUGCCACCGAAAGGAUUAUUCUAGAGUGUGACGUGGGUUCACCUGUAGGGUUCUGGGCUGUGCUGGGGUAUAUAGGGCUCCUGGCUGCGUUGUGCUUCAUCCUUGCUUUUCUGGCUCGAAAGCUGCCUGAUAAUUUUAAUGAAGCCAAAUUCAUCACCUUCAGCAUGCUGAUAUUCUGUGCUGUCUGGGUCACCUUUAUCCCAACUUAUGUCAGCUCUCCUGGGAAGUUCACUGUAGCUGUAGAGAUAUUUGCUAUUCUAGCCUCUAGCUUUGGAUUGCUUUUCUGUAUAUAUGCACCAAAAUGUUAUAUUUUGCUAUUGAAACCAGAGAGAAAUACUAAAAAGGAUAUGAUGGGUAGAAACCAGUAAAAAUCACCAUGACUCAUGAUGUAGAAUAGCAAAAUUACAAAGAUGUGAAGUGCAGAUUAUGUGCUUGUUCACAUGUAGCCUAUUGAUUGCACUAACGAAUUGGCCGUAUGUGCAAUUUUUCC